GGCUUUUGUGGGCUGUUCGGUUCGCCCGCCUCAGCGCCUGGCUGCACAGCUCCCGACCUCUGCUGCGGCCGUGGCCAGGCACGGAGCGUUAUCACCCCCGGGCGCUCCCAAGGGUACGGGGAAAUCCGUGCGCUUUCCUCACGAGGAGCUUCCCCUUGCUGAAAAUUGCGUGUCAGUGGACAGCCUGCCAGGUUCGUUACAGCAGCAUUCUCAUCUAACGCGUAGUCGGGACUGUUAGAGAAAUAAUCGCUGGCGACAGGCCUCGCAAGGAAACACAGAGCAAAGUGUGUGAUGGCGUAGCUCUGCGUUAGAGCUUCUCGCGCUGGGGUGUAAGUGCCACACAGAGUAAUGCUGACUGCAGUGUGGCUGGUGGUGGUGAUCGUGUCUGGUUUUGCACCUGAAAGUUCAUCUGCUGUGUUUCAGUUCCUUUUGUAAACUUCUUCUAAUAUAAAGAGAUUACUAGUACCUAUUCUGUAUAACAGGAAACUGGAUAAAGAAAGCGUUGUACUUCAUUGCAUGGUGCUGGAGACUGAAGGAUUUUCCCCCCAGCAGAUAAUAACAGCCUCCUUUACCAAUAGGGUACAGCUAUGGAUAAAGGACACAGGAACUCCUACAUAGUCCAUUAGUUUUUGCCUCUGGAACUCAUCACUGAAUUGGUCCGUAUCUCAGGAACGGUCUGGUGUGACGCUUCCAAAAUCAGCAUCAUUUAACAGAGGAAAAACUUUUUAUCUUAUUAGCAAUGCAGUAACAUGUAGAAGAGCACCUGCCUUGGGAUUUAAUUAUUUGUAAGGAUUGUAUUCUGUGUUGGCAACAGCACAGAACUGCAACAUCAUACUUUUCUAUCACGGGAUGAUUUAGAAAACACAUUAGUACUGCUGGCUGGAAGAAACAUCGUAAGAUGCUCAGAUGACACUUUGUCUCUUCCACCAAUCUGUGAGGUUGUUUUCUACCCAUGUGAUACCACUCACUUGAGUGCUCAGGGCUUUUUUCAUGCUGGUCUGUUUUAUGUAUCUGACCUAAGAACAAUUUCUGACUUAAAUGUCAGACUUACCUUACAAGAAGCCUGUGUCCUAAACUCAGUGACAUGUUCACAUUUGCGUGCAUGCACACAAGCCUGGUGUGUUUACCUGAGGACUAAAACUUCGUAGUCCCAGUACACACACACACACGAAAGUCUUACACUGAUAGCCAAAUGCUAUAUUUCUUUGUCAUUCUAAGAAACCUUGCUAAGACAGGAGCUCACAUUUGCACUUGUUACGCAUAUGGCAAAAACAGAUGUCUGUAGUUGCCAUUUUAGCCAUGGAAAAUCAAUCAUAUGGGGCUUUAGCUAGCACCUGUUUGUCUUUCUGGGAGGUCACUCAGCCUUAGUGCAUUUAGUACUGUUUACACGGUACUCCCUAGGAUGCUUUUCAGUUGUACUUUAGAAAUGUAAUUGUGUUAGAACAGUUGCCAACAAAGAACCCUAUCAAUGCUGAACACCCGUGGCAAUUAACAGCCACCUCAUUGCUACAGCGCCCGCCAUAGUUUCUAGCAGAAUGCUGUAAGUGGCAGGUAAACUUGACACAGAAAUUAACUAAUGGUGCAUGUUGGGAAUGGAAACGACAGCAUAUUCAUAGGAAUCUCAUUGUGCUGCUUCUGUACACACACAGAAUAGUUCAGCAGCGCUGCAAAAGUGAAGUAUACGGUGUGCAACUACAGUGCCUUCUGUUUUCAGACACUUAACCCUGCAGUCAUUUCAUAUACUUGAUUUUCAAGGACUGAAAGCACCUACAAUUUCCACUCAGGUGCACCUCUAAGUACAACCUGGCUGUCCCUGAAAAGCAGAUUUUAAUGUAAUUUUGGUGUACAGGAAUGGGAAAUCUGUAGCACUUGAAAAUUUCAGAGGGAAUACACUAAUCCAAAGAAAUGUAUUACAGAAAAGGAUUUUCCUUCUUUUUAUAUUGGCCUUUUUAUAAAAUGCUGUAAGUUUUCUGUUUGCUGCAUGCAACAAUAGCAGUGACUGACAACCAAGGUAGCAUGGCAGACAACUCCUGGGAUUGAUGUACACCUCAGAAAGUAGUGCAUCUUUGCAUAUAGACAGCCUCUGAUUUAUGAAGAACAUUGCAAUAACAUUGCCUGGUUUCUCUUUCCUGGACUGUCAGUAACGCCAGGCAAAAUAUAUGGGGCACAGUUCUGACCUUAUUAGGAUCUGAUGCAAAAAUAAGUCUGAAUGAGCUUUUCCAGUGACUUUUCUGUGCGCUUCGUCCUCUCACUGGUGGCAGUAAGGACAAACUACUGAGUACAAGAGAGUAACAUUAGAGAAUCAGGCCUGUAAACAAGCUGUGUUAAACAUAUGUAGCAUCUCUCACCUGUGCAGAGUCAAGCAGCAUUGGUAGUAUUAGAAAGGAGGCAGAAAACCUUGGAGUUUGCAUUGGUAAGGGAAAGAUGCAUCUGUUAUUGAUUCAUGACAUUACUUCAGGGCCAUGCUGAUUUAAUCUGUUGUAGUAAUAGCCCUCAUCAGUAAAUGAAGCCAUGGGUGAAUGAGAGCUUCAUCUAGAAGAGGAAGCAAGUAGCAGCGCGCAAAUAUCCGCUCAGAAAUGCCAAGGGCACUGGAAGCCCUUACAGAACAUGAAAAACUCAUCUGUAACAGAAGUACACUGCUGUGAAGUGAUGGAAACGCAGAUACUGCCAGAUUUAGCAAGUUCUCUAAUACUUUUGAAUAUCUCUCAUAAAAAAAAUUAAUUCCAUGUAAUCUUUCUUAUGGGAAACUAAGGGGGCAGACCUCCCAUUUUUGCACUCCUGCUCCUUAGAAGAGGUUAACGGUAACCCUGAAUUCACAGAUGUGCGAUCCCGGUGCUUUCUGAACUGUCACCCUUUCCCUGCUCCAAACAUCAGAUUGUUAUUUUUUCUGCUAUAAUGGGAAUGGCUGAAUAAUUUGAAGUAACAUUACAGACUGAGAAGGGGCGUGUUCUGCUUUGCUGGAACUUCAUGUUUUCCUUCUGCGGGCUGAUAACAGCUCCCAUUCAACAUUUCUGAGCUACUCAGCCUGUUUUUUCACUUUCACUCUGGUCGGUCAAGAAUAAUUUUUCUACAGUAAGGAAAAAUGGCAGUUGAAUGUGAGGACGAGCAGGAUUUUACACACAGCAUGAUGGAGAACUGGCUUACGUCCAACCCUGAGCGACAGCACGUGUUAGGAGCGGCCCUUCCCAGAACUCUGUUCUCUCUGCCCUUCCCCAGUGGGGAGCCGAGAUCUGUGGGGAUUUCCUGAGAAAAGUUGGCUGACAUGAAGUUCUGAGACCGCAGAGUUCACACCGCCGACAAGCCAAGGUGGCGGAAAGAUGCGAGCGCCAUGACCUCUAAGGAUGUUUCAGGCAAAGCUAAUAGUAACUGGAGAUGACUUUGGCUACUGCCCUCAGAGAAACCAAGGCAUCGUGGAGUGUUUCCUAGCUGGAGCUGUAUCUAAUGUGUCCCUUCUGGUCAAUGGAAGUGCUGCAGCAGAUGCAGCCAAACUGGCAACGAGAUACAACAUCCCCAUAGGACUGCACGCCAACCUCUCUGAGGGCUCCCCUGUAUGUGAGGCGCUCAAGACAAACUCUUCUCUGCUCAGUGAAGCUGGAUUUUUUCAUGGGAAAAUGGGAUUCAGAACAGCUCUAUCAAAAGGCCUCCUAAAUAUGUCAGAGGUGAAGCAGGAGCUGAAGGCCCAGGUGGAUCUGUUCCAUGAGCUAACAGGCCACCUACCUCCUCACAUGGAUGGACACCAGCACAUUCACGUUCUCCCAAAGGUCAGGCACGUGUUUGCAGAAGUGUUAGAGGAAUAUGGGAUUGAAUACACUCGUGUCCCAAUAGAGCCAGGCCUUCAUAACUGUGACUGGAUUGAGCCAUCCCUGAUGGACUUCUAUGUGGGAGUAGAAGAAGAUUCUCUGAAGACAGUGGAUGUGUUUACAAAGCAUGGAAUAAGGUGGCCAGACAUUUACAUAGGUUUGAGUACCAUGGGCAAGAACAUGUCUGUGAGUGCCAUCCAGAAUGCCAUAGACACCGCCAUUGUGGAGUUCACAUCCAAGAUGCCUGCACACCCAGUGCCACAGCGCAGGACGGUGACGAUUGAACUGAUGGUGCACCCAGGGUACCCAAGCGUCCCUCCCAUCGGUGGCUGUGGGGAAGGACCGGAUGAUUUCUCACAGUCCUGGGAGCGCCUGCAUGAACUCCAGACAUUAAUCAGGCCGGAGCUGCAGAGCCAUUACAAAACAAGGAACAUUCAGCUUUGUUCAUUCAAGGAUCUGUAAAUAUACAUAUUUGCAUACCUGCGUUUGUACUUCAAGGGUACACAGUUGCUAAUGUCCCCGUAAGCCGGACCACGUUCCCAGCCUUUGUAACACUUUGUGAGUCAGUCAUAUUCCAUGUGAACCUUCAGCCUGAAAGUCCUUGUCCUGUUUGUUCAUUUUAAUUCCAGUCAUGAAAGCAUCUGAGCUGCAAUGAGCCCCGUACAUAUUGCUGUGUUUAACUGCAUUUUAAGAUGUAGACGUGUUACUGACUUUCUGUGUGGCACUUUCUUCUUUCAGACUGUUGAUGCUCAUUUCCUGUGCAAAAGCAAUCUACCUAACAUCAUUUUAAAGCGUUUUUUAAAUACUAAAAAAAAUUAAUAUUGCCAUCUUUUCUAAGCAAAAAAAUAGUCAAGUCUUUUUCUGUUGUAAUGCAGUGUGAGCAGAAAGCACUCAGGUAUCUGCUCCAGGCGCAAGGCCCUGCAGAGCUGGGAGGGCAUCUUUGUGUCACUUUGGUCACUGGAGCUGUGUGAUCCACCACUCCUGUGCACCUGAGGCAGUGUUUGCUCUGUACAAACACAAAAAAUCAUCAAGGACACUUGGUAAAAUAUUUUCUCAGGCUCUUUCCUAAUUAUCGUAACGGAGCUGAUUUGACACGGGACAGUUUUUUUAUCUUGCCACACUGUGCCCGUGCUGUGCAGAACAGCGGAGUCCUCCCAGGAGCAGUGUGAGCAGCGCCUUGGGUGCUGCAGUUCGCCUCACCGCCAUCUGAGGGCGCAGUUUACGCGGUGUGGAAACAAAACGCGGAAGACCGCAUCUUCAGAGCUGCGGAAGGUAACUGAGGUGCCAGAGCGCGGCUGGACGCGCGAGUGCCAUCUGCUGCCCUGCCGCGUGCUGCAAAGACGGUGCGCCAAUACUGCAGCUCCUUUUCCGCACUGUGACCGUGGUGUGAUGGAUAAUUUAAACCUUAAUCUAAACUUUUGAACUGCGCAACAAUUGGUGACUUUGCGCUGUUCACAACCGUUGGGAUGUAACUUAGCUCAGCUUGUAUGAUUUUCUUCUAGCUGAACGUGGAAAUGAACACAACAGUCUUACCUGAGCAGAAGUUGUUAAGAAAGGCAUUUUAGAAAUACCUCAUUGUCAGAUGAGCAGAACUGAAACCCAAUUUUUUAAAUUGAAAUGAGCUUUAAAUGUGUAAAUGAAUACAGAGCUUCUGAAAGACUGGUAAGUAAGGAACCUUUCCCUUGCACGGAAUGCAUUGAGGAGGUUUCUCAGGGGCUCUUCACAUUCACCACCGAGUUGAGACUGGAAGCACGCACAGGCUGCUGUGAUGCACAACACUGUACACAGAUAGCCGAGGUACAAACAUGAAAUCUCUUUGAAAAUAAAACCAUGCCACAAUGCC